AUGUUCACGCCGAAAAAAUACAGUGAAGAUGAUAUUUUUGCAUGCUAUCGAACAAGGGUAGUUUAUCUGAAUGAAUUUGAUUUUGGUCCUCUCUAUACAGAGGAACCAUUUCUUGCAUCCUUAGUAGAAUUAACCAGACAUCCAGAUUUACAAGCUAAAAUCAAAACCGGGUCAAACAGAAAGAAAUUAUCUGAAGGAAAAGAUCGCCACGCAAUCGAUACUGCAAUUAUGAGAAAAGAAAAAUUAGAUUUACAAGAAAAGUUGAAAAAGGAAGAAACUGCUUCUGUCACAUCUAAAUCAGAUUCAAAGCAAUCAGAAAAAUUCGCUUCAAGUGAAGAUGAAAAUAAAUCCAGUGAUAAAUUCAAAGGAAAAUCAGCAUCUCAAUCGUCAUUACAAAUCAUAGAUGAUCAAGAAGCAAACAAUCAGCCUAUUGAUGAAGGAAACAAAACAUCAAAUACAACUCAAGACAAAUACAGCAGUGCCUACUAUCCAAACAUCAGAGUAGAGAAAGUUCAAAAAUACAAACCUGUUCCAAUAAGUCACGAUGAUGUUAUUAACGAACAAAAAUUUGAUGAAAAAGGAAAUCUCAAAUAUACAAUCAAAACAUACAAAUUAGGAACCAGUUUGCAACGCGAACAAAAGACACUUAUUCCUACAAUGCAGCAAAAGAAGCCAGAAAAGAUACAGGAAAAAAUACAGGAAAUUAUUCCUCCAAAACCAAGACCAAAGAUCGAUAUGACCAAAGAUUCGUUAAUGCCAGAUUUUGUUCCAACGAGAUUAGUUGAUUCAAUCUCUUCUCUUACUCCAGAUACAAGAAUUAUGGUAAAUGAUCCUUUCGAAGGUAUCCAUAUGCCAAAGCGAACAAACAGAGCUCCGCUUUCUAUCUUUAUGCCCAAGAAGAAUCUUCCUCCUUCUGCUGCAAGAAACAACUUAAUAAAUAAUAAUAAUCAAGAAGAAAUCGAAGUUCAAAAACCUCAACAGAAGCCAAUAAAGGCGGAAAAGAAAGGACCAGAGAAUAACAGGCCAGCAACUCUUGUUGUUCAUAACAAAGAAACAAAUAAGAUUCAAAUUAUUAAUAAUCCAAAAGUUCAGGAACAAAAACCAGAAAAGAAACUUACACACCAGCAACUUAAGCAACAGAUUGUCAAAACCCAAACAAAGACAAUCAACAACGCCACAAAAAACGUUCAAAAACAAAAAUCUUCUGAACAAGAAACAAUUCCUGAACCAGAUUCAAUCAAAGAAUCAAUUAAAGAACCAGAAUCCAUCAAAGAAUCAAUUAAAGAACCAGAAUCCAUCAAAGAAUCAUUAAAAGAACCGGAAUCAAUCAAAGAAUCAAUUAAAGAACCGGAAUCAGUUAAAGAACCUGAGCCGGAACCGGAACCAGUUCGUAUCUUGGAGAUUGAACCUGAUCCUGAUUUGGUAAACAAUGGAAAGAAAUCAGGAAAGAAGAAAAAGAUGUCUGCUGCACAAAAGAAACUUUUAAAGAAGUUGCAGAGAAAGAACCAAACAAAAGAAUUCGAAGAAGAGGAAGAAUAUAAUCCAUAUGAAGCCCCAAGACCAUUUAUCCCUGAUAUUCCUGAUGAAAUGAGAUCUGAAACAGAAAUAAGAUCAAAUCCACCAGCUCCUCCUAACAUUGAACCAAUUGUUGAAACUUACAAACCAUUGAUACAACAAUUACAAGAUGAUGAUCAGAUCUCUGAACAGUUCCUUGAACAAGAUGAACAAAUUAAUAAUAACAUUAAUUAUCAAGAACAAAAAGAAGAACCAAUUAAUGUUUCUGAUCAUUAUAAAGAACCUGAAGAACAAAAACAAAUUUCUCAACCAGAAAUAAUUGAAAAUAAUGCUGAAUACACUGAAAUUCCUACUAAAAAGGUACAAACAAAGAUUUUAAAUAAUUCACAGUUUAUCAUUCCUCAACAACCAGCUCCUGAAUCAGUUCCAACUGUUCAGCAAAGAUCAGUUAUUACACUUAGAAAAGUCAUCAAAUUGAAGAAAGUUUAUCGUGGAGAUCAAGUCAUCGAUGUAAAACAAGAAGUUAUUUCUUCAAUACCCGCAAAUGUUGCUAAAACUAAACUCUUGUCUAAAUCAGAAACAGAAAAACGCAGACAAGAACAAUUACAAGAAUUAAAGAAACUCUAUGACCAAACAACAACUGUUGCACCAGUAAUAACAACAAAUGAAACAGAAGAAAUUCCUAAAAAACAAGAAGAUAUAAACCAACUUUUAACUGAUCGUAAAUCAAAAAGAAGUAAACCAAGUCCACCACGUCAACAACAACCAAAACAACAACAACAACAGUAUGUUUGGAAUGAUUUUACUUAUGAUCAAAACGAUGAAAAUGAUGAAGAAAAUGAAGAAGAUGAUUUAGAUCUUGAUAAUCUCGAUUUACCAAUGAUGGCAGCUCUUCAAAAUCAUCAACAAAACAAAGCAAAAACUGAGAAAAAGAAAGCAGAAAUGGCAGCAAAAGGUGUUGAAAGAUUUGAUGAAGUUGAUAUAGCAGGAAUGCAUUUGACAUUUGCUCCUCGAAAAGCAGAUCAUUCCGUUUAUUAUGGUGUUGACAUCAGAAAUCUUGGACCAGAUUUCACUCCAUCAAACAUCAAAAUUACUAAACCAUUGAAAUUACAUGGACCUGAUAUCGAACAUAUUCUCGAAUCAAGGAAAGAAAAACUUGCUUCAAUUAUGAUUCCAAAAGAAUAUUUAAAGGAUAGAACAGAUACACCAGAAAUAGCAAGUCUCAAACGCGAAAUCAGAAAGAAAUUAAGAGAAGCAGCUUUAGAACAAAGAACUUAUAAAUCUGCUUGGGACAUCAAUGCUGAUUUCGUAAGAGAAAUGGGUAGAUCAAAAGAAGUUGAUCACAAACAAAUCAAUAAUCUUAAAUAUACUGCUUAUCCACAAGGUUUUGGUUAUACACCUCCACAAGAAAAACAAAAUAAUGCUGGAGAAAACCAAACUGAAUCUUGGGAAGAUUAUGAUUUUGGUUGGGGAACAAAAGUUCAAGGUAACUUCGGAAGUUUCGACAAAAUCAUGGAAAACGAACGUCUUAAUCCAACUGACAAGAUCAAAGUUGUUCAGCAAACUGAUACUUCUAUUCUCGAUGAACUUGAUUUCGGACCAAAACCUCAUGUAGAAAGAAAAGUUGCCAUUAAAAUCCUUGGUCCUGCUGUUGACCCAGAAGAACAGAAGAUACAAGAAAGAAGGAAAGAAUUCAAGAUUGUUCCAAAACGUGCUGAAUACAAGCAAAGAAUGGAAGAAGCUGAAAGGAACAAACCUGAUACAACAAUGUUCAAUAAUUUGAUGGCAGAAGAAGCAGAAAAUGCCAAAAAGAAACAAAGUAAAAUCAGGUAUUCUCCAGAAAAAACAAGACCAUCUGAAUUUGAUCUUUUGAUGCAAGAUGAAGCAAAUAAGACACAAUCAAAAGUUUCAACACUCAGACCUAAACAGAAAACAAUCUGGGAUUCAGUAACUGUUCAAGCAGAUCCUGUUGAAAAAACUGAAGAAGAAGUUCCAGGAGGAAAAACAUGGGGAUUAACAUUCAAACCGAAACCAGCCGAAAAACAAAAAGCUCCACUAAGACCUUCAUUAAGAGAUGAUGGUGAUGAUUAUUAUGGUCAAACAAGAAAAUCAUUCUUUGAAUCCCUUAUGGAAGAAGAAAAAGCAAAAGCUGAUGCAGAAAAAGCAGCAAGAAAAUCAAGAACACAGCAAACUAAAGGUGUUUUAAUGGGAAGAAAUGAUUUUAAUUCACUUCUCCAAGAAGAAGAAAGAAAAGCUAAUGAACCUGAAGAAGAAACAAUUGUUGAUCUAAAUGAAACAGAACAUAUUCCUCCAAAUCCAAUGAACAAUGCUCCAAAACUAAUCGAAAAUGAUGAAAUGUUCUGGGGUGUUGAAGAACAAUAUGAUACAAAUCUAAUUGGUGAAGAAGCUAAACAACAAAAUGAUCAAAAAUUUUCUGAUCAAAAACAAUCUGUUUCUGAAGUUUUUGAAGAACCAAAACAAAUCGCUUCAGAAAAAGAAGAAAAACCAUCAAGAAGAGAAAGAAAGAGAAGAGGAAAAUCAAAAGAAUCCCCUAAAAACGAACCACAAAACAUUCCUGCUCCUAAACAACAACAACAAUCUUCAUCAGGUUGGGAUAGUUUAUCUGCUUUCCAAGAAUCAGAUCCAAUGGCAGGAGUUACAAACUUGAAAUACACAAGAUUAACUAAAGCACAAAGAGCGAAAUUAAAUGCAGAAUCUGUUCUUAAAACUGUUGCUUUCAGAUCGAAAUCUCUUGCAGCAAGAUCUUCUUACAGAGCUCCUGAUUAUCUUCCUGAUGGUAAAGAAAUGCCAGUUCUUUACGAGCCAUCAAAUCAAACAUGGGGAACAUUAGAAAUUGAUAUCCCUGAAGAAGAAAGAAUCAAAGCAAUGAAAGAAAAGAACAGAUUAAUGAAAGUCGUCAAAAUCGAUGAUGACGAUGUAACUGAAUGGGGAACAAAGAGAAAACACAAUCCAAUCGAUUUCAAUCUCAUCGAGAAAACAGAAAUCGAUCAAUCUUCUGCAAAGAGAAGAGCAAGAUCUUCAAAUCAUGUCACUUUUGUAGGUGAAGUGACAUUUGAACCAGAAAAGAAGAAGCCGAAAUUUGUUGCACCAACAAUCGAUGAGAUUGCAACAGAGUUACCAAAACUCGAAGAAGAAGAAGUUAAUGUUGAGAAAUGGGUUAAUGGAGUUUUAGGUGAAGAUAAAACUAAAGAAAAAGAAGAAGAUAAAAAGAAGUAUCCAAUUGAAGAAUUUUCCAAACAAAAGAGAUCAGCUUCUGCAGCUCCUUCAUCAGCAUUUGAUGAUCCAAGCAAUUGGGGAGCAGCAGGAAAUGAAGAUGAAAUGGUCUUCGUUGGUUUAACAUACAAACCUAAGAAAUUCUAUGAUAUCAGAGAAAUCCAAAAACAAGAAGAAGAAAAGAAGAAACAAAUGUAUCAUAAAAUCAAAAGAUCAAAGAACAAACAAGCAGUCGAUACUUCAGCACUCGAUUUCUCUCCUUCUACUAAAAAUAGAUCUCAAUACGAAGCUCCGACAGUUGACAGCGAUUUCGAUGAACCAGAACCUUAUGUAGAAAAAGCUCCAGAAAGAAUUCAAGCUUUCCCAGAAGAAAUUGAAAAGCCAAUUGAAAAAUUUGAGAAACCAGUUGAAAAAUUUGAGAAACCAAUUGAAAAACGUCCUCAAAAACAAACCGAAAAAGUCCCAGAAAAAAUCGAGAAACCAAUUGAAAAUCCAUAUCCACUUCAGAAAGAAGAAUCAAUUGAUUUAGAUGAAAUUGAUUUAUCCGAUGAAGAACAAUUGAUUAAAGCAGCAUUAAACUACAAACCGAAACCAGUUGAAAAGAAGAAGAAGAAAGUAGAUCUUCCAACACCAAGUAAAUGGAUGUCAUUUGAUUUCGAUUCUUUGUUAGCUGAACCUGAUGAAAAGAAGAGAAGUCAAUCAGUACAACCUGUAUCAACGAAACAAAGAAUUGCUGCAUUAAAGGCAAAUCAGAAUCAACCAGAAUUCCAACCAAAACAAACCAAAUCCAAAUACGAAGCUCCUUCAAUUUUGGCUGAAGAAGAACCAAAACAAGAAGAAUUCGAUGAUAGUUGGUAUGAAAUUAAUGAUCCACAUCAUGUUCCUUUCUCUGGACCAAGGAAUAAACAACAGGAAAAGAAAGAACAACAAUUUGAUCAGAUAUUAAAGGAAGAAAAGACAAAGAAAGAAGAAGCAACGAAUUUAUCUUUCAAACCAAAAGAAACUAAAUCUAAAUACGAAGCUCCUGAUGUUGUUUCUGAUGAAGAAAUCAAACCAAAGAAGAAAUCCACUCCUGUUUAUCGUAAAUUCUCAGACGAAGACGAAGAUAAAGAACAAAAACAAGAAGAGAAAGAAAAAGAUGAAUGGGAUAAUGUUGAUAAUGAAUUUGGUGAAGAUUUAGAAGUUGAUGGACUUAAAUACGAACCAAAGAAACAAGAAAAGAAAGAAUCAGAAUUCGAUAAGAUCUUAAAGGAAGAAAAAACGAAACAUGAAGAAGCAACGAAUUUAUCAUUUAAGCCGAAAGAAAAGGCUUCUAAAUACGAAGCUCCUGAGGUUAUUUCAGAUGAAGAAAAAGAAAUUCUUCCAAAGAGAAAACCAGAAUUUAGAAAAUUCUCUGAUGAUGAAAGUGAAGAAGACAAUAAAGAACAAAAGAAAGAAGAAGUCAAUGAAUGGGACAAUGCCAAAGAUGGAUUCACAGAAGAAUUAGAGAUUGAUGGAUUGAAAUACGAACCAAAGAAACAAGAAAAGAAAGAAUCUGAAUUCGAUAAACUUCUUCAAGAAGAGAAAACUAAACAUGAAGAAGCAACAAACUUGUCUUUCAAGCCGAAAGAAAAAGCUUCUAAAUACGAAGCUCCUGAAGUUAUUUCUGAUGAAGAAAAAGAAAUUCUUCCAAGACGCAAGCCAGAAUUUAGAAAAUUCUCUGAUGAUGAAAGCGAAGAAGAAAAAGAAGAAGAGAAGCCACAACCAGAGAAAAGUGAAUGGGAAGCAGCAAAUGAUGGAUUCACAGAAGAUUUAGAAGUUGAUGGAUUGAAAUAUGAACCAAAGAAACAAGAAAAGAAAGAAUCAGAAUUCGAUAAAAUCAUGAAAGAAGAAAAGGCCAAACAUGAAGAAGCAACAAAUGUAUCUUUCAAACCAAAGGAGAAAUCAUCUAAAUACGAAGCUCCCGAAGUUGUUCCUGAAAGAAAAUUCGGACCAAAGAAGAAAUCAACUCCUAUUUAUCGUAAAUUCUCUGAUGAAGACGAAGAAGAAGAGCAAAAACAACAAGAAAUCAAAGAAGAGAAAGAAAAAGAUGAAUGGGACAAUGUUGAUAAUGAAUUUGGAGAAGAUUUAGAAGUCGACGGACUUAAAUAUGAACCAAAGAAGAAAGAAAAGAAACCAAGUGAAUUCGAGUUAAUUCUUCUUGACGAACAAACAAAGAAAGAUGAUCAAAUCAGAGUAAAGAGAUCAAGAUCUCCGGCAAAAACAGCUGAAUUACCAUCAUUUAAACCAAAGGAAACAGCUUCUAAAUAUGAAGCUCCUGAAAUUGUUUCUGAUCAAGAAAAAAUCCAGUCUUCUAAAGGAAGCAUCGUAUCUGAUCAUAAGACAACAGAAACUGAUGAAUGGAAUCAUGUUAAUGAUGAAUUCGGUGAAGAACUUGAAUUUUCUGGAAUGAAAUAUGAACCAAAGAAGAAAGAAGAAGAAAAGAAACCAGAGGAAUUCGAAAAACUUCUUGAAGAAGAGAAACAAAAGAGAUUCGAAUCUGUUUCAGAAGAAUUUGUUCAAGAAGAACAACCAAAGAAAUCAAAGAGAUCAAGAUCUCCUACCAAAGCAGCUGUUGAAUUACCAUCAUUCAAACCAAAGGAAACAUCAACUAAAUAUGAUGCUCCAGAAGUUGUUUCCGAUCAAGAGAAACAAAAAUCAGAAGAUGAAGUUGAUGUUGAGAAAUGGGUGAACAAUGUUUUAGGCAGUGAAAAAGAAACAGAAAAAGAUAAAGAAGGAACAACUCCAGUUUCAACAGAAGAAGAGAAACCAAAGGAUGAAUGGGAAGCUGCUGCAGGUGACAACUUUGAUGAAGACAUUGAUAUUUAUGGAUUGAAGUAUGAACCAAAACAAAAGAAACAAGGAACAGAAUUCAACAAAUUGAUUGAAGAAGAAAAGCAAAAGAAAGAAGUCAAAGUUGAAGAACAAAAACCAGAAACAGAAGAAUCACCAAAGAAAGCUAAAAGAGCCAGAUCUCCUGCUAAAGCUACAGAACUUCCAACUUUCAAACCAAAGGAAACUUCAGCUAAAUUUGGUGCUUCAGAAAUUGUUUCUGACCAAGAAAAACCUGAACAAAUUCCAAAUGAAGAAAUUAAAGAAGAAAUUAAAGAAGAAGAACCAAUUCCAGUUGUUGCUGAAGAAGAAAAGCCAAAGGAUGAAUGGGAAGCUGCUGCAGAAGACAAUUUCGAUGAAGAUAUUGAUAUUUAUGGAUUGAAGUAUGAACCAAGGCCAAAGAAAGUUCAACAAAAGAAACAAGGAACAGAAUUCAACAAAUUGAUUGAAGAAGAAAAACAAAAGAAAGAAAUCAAAGAAGAAAAACAAAAACCAAUUUCACAAGAAAUUGCCAAAGAAGAAUCACCAAAGAAAGCUAGAAGAGCUAGAUCUCCUGUUAAAGCCACUGAAUUACCAUCAUUCAAACCAAAGGAAAUAGAUUCCAAAUUCGAUGCUCCAGAAAUUGCUUCUGAUCAAGAAAAACCAGAAGAACAAGAAGUUAAACCAGAAUUUAAAGAAGAAACCAAAGAAGAAGAACCAACUCCAGUUGCGACAGAGGAAGAAAAGCCAAAGGAUGAAUGGGAAGCUGCUGCAGAAGACAAUUUCGAUGAAGACAUUGAUAUCUAUGGAUUGAAAUACGAACCAAAGCCAAAGCCAAAGAAAGAAAAGGCUAAUUUCGAGAAACUUCUUGAAGAAGAGAAACAAAAGAAAGAAGUCAAAGUUGUAGAACAAAAACCAGUUUCACAAGAAAUUGUCAAAGAAGAAUCACCAAAGAAAGCUAGAAGAGCUAGAUCUCCUGCCAAAGCAACAGAAUUACCAUCAUUCAAACCAAAGGAAACAUCAACUAAAUAUGAUGCUCCAGAAGUUGUUUCCGACCAAGAGAAACAAAAAUCAGAAAAUGAAGUUGAUGUUGAGAAAUGGGUCAACAAUGUUUUAGGCAGUGAAAAAGAAACAGAAAAAGAUAAAGAAGGAACAACUCCAGUUUCAACAGAAGAAGAGAAACCAAAGGAUGAAUGGGAAGCUGCUGCAGGUGACAACUUUGAUGAAGACAUUGAUAUUUAUGGAUUGAAGUAUGAACCAAAACAAAAGAAACAAGGAACAGAAUUCAACAAAUUGAUUGAAGAAGAAAAGCAAAAGAAAGAAGUCAAAGUUGAAGAACAAAAACCAGAAACAGAAGAAUCACCAAAGAAAGCUAAAAGAGCCAGAUCUCCUGCUAAAGCUACAGAACUUCCAACUUUCAAACCAAAGGAAACUUCAGCUAAAUUUGGUGCUCCAGAAAUUGUUUCUGACCAAGAAAAACCUGAACAAAUUCCAAAUGAAGAAAUUAAAGAAGAAAUUAAAGAAGAAGAACCAAUUCCAGUUGUUGCUGAAGAAGAAAAGCCAAAGGAUGAAUGGGAAGCUGCUGCAGAAGACAAUUUCGAUGAAGAUAUUGAUAUUUAUGGAUUGAAAUACGAACCAAAGCCAAAGCCAAAGAAAGAAAAGGCUAAUUUCGAGAAACUUCUUGAAGAAGAGAAACAAAAGAAAGAAGUCAAAGUUGUAGAACAAAAACCAGUUUCACAAGAAAUUGUCAAAGAAGAAUCACCAAAGAAAGCUAGAAGAGCUAGAUCUCCUGCCAAAGCAACAGAAUUACCAUCAUUCAAACCAAAGGAAACAUCAACUAAAUAUGAUGCUCCAGAAGUUGUUUCCGAUCAAGAGAAACAAAAAUCAGAAGAUGAAGUUGAUGUUGAGAAAUGGGUGAACAAUGUUUUAGACAGUGAAAAAGAAACAGAAAAAGAUAAAGAAGGAACAACUCCAGUUUCAACAGAAGAAGAGAAACCAAAGGAUGAAUGGGAAGCUGCUGCAGGCGACAACUUCGAUGAAGACAUUGAUAUUUAUGGAUUGAAGUAUGAACAUAAACAGAAACCAAAGAAAGACAAGGCAGAAUUCAACAAAUUGAUUGAAGAAGAGAAACAAAAAGAAGAGGAAUCACCAAAGAAAGUUAAAAGAGGAAGAUCUCCUGCAAAAAUGGUUGAAAAACCAGAAUUCAAACCAAAAGAAAAAGAAUCUAAAAUCGAAGCUCCUGAAGCAACAGAAGAACAAAUUCGCACUAAAGCUCCUGAAGAAGAAGAGGAAGAAGAAAUUGAUCUCAAUGACGUUCUUGAAUUACAGAACCAAGUUGUUUCCAACGAUGACUGGGAUAAUUUGGACAAUUUCAUUGAAGACGACAUCGAAAUUGAAGGACUUAAAUACCAGCCAAAGAAGAAAGAACAAAAGAAACAAGAAUUCAACAAGUUAAUUGAAGAAGAAAAGGCACAUUCCGGUCAAACAGAAGCUGUUUUAGAGAACACAACAUUUAAACCAAAGGAAAAGAAAUCUAAAUCAGAAGCUCCUUCAAUUGAUCAAGUCAAGAAAGAAAAGAAAUCUCCACAAAUCAAAGAUUUCAAUGAAAUACAACCAGAAGAAGAAGAAAAAGUUGAACAAACAGUUAAAGAAGAAGUUGUUGAUGAAUGGAAUAACAAUGAAACAUUUACAGAAGAAAUGGAAAUCGAUGGAUUGAAGUAUGAACCAAAACAAAAAUCAAAGAAAGUUGAAAUGAAACAUUCCGAUGAAUUCAACAAAUUAAUUGAAGAAGAAAACAAAGCUGAGAAACUCAAGGAACAACAGUUAAAGCCUGCUUUCACUCCUAAAUCUAAACAACAUAAAUACGACGCUCCUGAAAUCGUAAAUGAUCAGAAAGAAUCAAAGAAACCUGUUUACAAAGAUUUCGUUUCUGAUGAAGAACAAAAACAAGAAGAUCAAAAAGAAAUCAAGGAAGAAAAAGUUAAAGAUGAAUGGGAAGAUAUUCAUGAAGAAUUCCAAGAAGAAAAUUAUCCAAUUGAUGGACUUAAAUAUGUUCCUAAGACAACUAAAAUUUCUCCAGAAAACAUUGUUCCUUCCGACGAACCAAAAAUUUCUGAUUUCGACAGGAUCAUGAUGCAGGAAGAAAAGAAGAGAUCAUCAUCACCACAGCCCGUUUCAUUCCAAAAGAAGAAACAGCAACAAACUAAAGUAACAAUAGAUCUUCCUUCAUUUAAACCAUCAACAACAAAGAAAUCAAAUUACGAAGCUCCUGAAGUAACUGAUGAACAAAUCAAAGUUGAAGAAAAAGGAAAACCAGUUCAAAAAGAAGAAAUCGAAGUUGUUGAAGAAAAACAAGUUGACGAAUGGAAUGAAACAACAUUUGAUGAAGGAAUGGAUUAUGAUGGAUUGAAAUAUAUUCCUAAACAACAACAUUCUGUUGAAAAACCAUCGAAACAGAAAACAGAAGUCAAAUUCACAGAAAAACCAAAGCAGCAACAAAAAGAACAAAAGAAAGAGUUCAAUGCAUGGAAUGCUGCUGCUGGAGAAUUUGCAGGUGAUGAAGAAGAGAAGAAAGAAAGUAAUUACGUUGUCAAACCAAUUGACAUCAAACCAAAACAAAUCAGAUCUACUUCUCCUUCUGCAAGACAAGGAAAGAAAUUGUUCGAAGAGUUACUUGACGAAGAAAAGAAAUUACACGAGAAAGAAUUGGAAGAAAAACAGAAGAAGCAAAAGGAAAUGAAACAAAAAGCAGAAAUUCAUCCAAGAUUUACAGAAGAUUUCGAUGAAUUCCCUGAAGAAGAAGAGUCAUCUCGUGCAAAGAUUCCUAUUGAUAUCUCAAAGAUUGUUAAGUCUCCAACAUAUUUAUCCCAAAAGAAGACAAUCAUUAAGGACCUCUUCCCUCCAGGAUUCGAACCAGGAUCAUUCGAACAAGAACUUCCUCCAGGUUACGAAGAACAAACUAAACCAAUCCAACCAGAACAAAUCAUCAACAAGGAACAGCCAAAGAAAGAAGAAAAAGUUAAACCAUUACAGCCAGAACAAAUUGUUGCUACAGAAAAGAAAGAAAAAGAACAACCAACAAAGAAGGAAGAAGUUCAACCAAAGAAAGCCGAAAAAGUUCCUCAAAAACCAGUUGAGAAAGUUGUUAAAGAACAACCAACAAAGAAAGAAGAAAUCAAACCAGUUAAAACAGAAAAAGUUUCUCCAAAGCCAGUCAAAGAAGAAGUUAAACCUAAAGAACAACCAAUUAAGAAAGCUAAAGAAGAAGUUAAACAAGAGAAAGUCAUAAAAGAACAACCAAAGAAGGAAGAGAAACCAAUUUCUUCUGAUUUGUCCAAAUUACAAAAGUUCAUUAUUAAGAAUGAAAAGAUCAUUGAUAAUGAAUCAAAAGAAAAGAAGAAGAGAUCAGUUUCUCCACCACCAUUUGCAGUUAGAGCCAAACCAACAAAGAAGAAAGUCAUCAAGACUAAAGAAAUUCUCCAAGAACUUCAAACAAUCACAAAGAAGAAACAAACUAAACCAGAAAAGAAGAAAGAAGAACCUAAAUUACCAGAAAAAGUUCCAGAAGAAGAUGUUCAUGCCAAAGUUCCUUUGCCACUUAAAUCUCUUCCAGAUGAUUUCGAUCUCUUGAUAUCAUCCGAUCAAUCAUCAAAUAUGUUGAUUUCUGAUUCUGAUUUAGAGUUACCAGACAAUUUGUUUGGUAAUGAUUCACAACUCUUCAAAGAAUCAUCAGGAAGUGACGACAAGUUCUCUGAUGGACCAAUGUUUGAAUCAUCUGAUGAAUUACCAAUGACAUUAUUAGAUAAUGUCCAACAAAUAAAGAAACACGAAUCAAAAGACAACAUCAAAGAACAAGAGGAAGAAGAAAAAGAUGAUGCUGAUAAUGAAGAUUGGACUUUAGAAAAUGAUGAUGAUAUGAGUCCAUUUGAAUUCGAAAAGAAAUCUUCUCCUGAACAGAAAGAAAAAGAAAGUUCUAAUUCUAUGGAAGAAGAAGAAAUCGAAGUUGUUGAAACAAAGAAAGUUCCUGUUUUAGUUCAAGAAGAAGUUGAAAUUGUUGAAGAAUCGAAAUUAUUGGCAAAUAAUGUAAUAGAAAGAGUUAAGAAAUCAGCCAAUAAGAAGAGAUCUUCAUCACCACAACCAGUAUCAUUCCAAAAGACAAAGAAGUUCCUUGAAUCUAAAGAAAUUGUUGUUCCAUUACAACAAACAAAGAAACAACAAAAUAUUCCUGUUGAAGAACAAAUUACAUUUGAAGAACAGCCAAAGACAGAGAUUAAACCAAUUGAACCUUCUCAGUUCAUGACAGAUGAAUCUCAAGUCUCUGAACCUCCAAAGCAAGUAGAAGAAGAAAUUGUUAAAACUCCUUUGGAGGAAAUCAAACAAAGCAUGAAGAAAUUGACAGAAAAACCAUCAAAGAAACAAACCAAACCAUCAAAGACAUCUCAGCCUUCCUUCAAACCUAAAUCACAAACGAAGAAGAUGGAAGAACCAGAAGUCCAAGAAGAGCAAAUUAAACCAAUCGAAAAACCAGAAAAACCAGUCGAAAAAGUUCCAGAAAAACAAACUAAGAAUGAAGAAAAACCUCAAAAAGUGACAGAGAAACCAAUUGAAAAAGUGACAGAAAAGGUUGAAGAAAAAGUUGAAGAAAAACCAAAGCAGAGUGAGAGUGCAUGGAAUAUGGACUCUGAUGAUUGGGGAGCUGCUGAAUUUGCUGAAGAUGAUAUAUUCUUUGGAACAGGAUUAGUUUACAAACCAAAUCCAAACUCAAACAAACAAGAAAACAAAGCCAAAACAAACAAGAAAUCUGCUUAUGCCAAAUCCAAGUCAUCAUUCGAUACACUCUAUGAUGACGAAGCAUACUUAGAAAAGUCAAGAAAAGACAAGGAAGAAGCAACAAGAAUCAGAGACAUUUUCGAUGAAGUUGACCAAUUAACUGCAAAGAAACCAACAAAGUCUUCAGUAGAAAUUCCUGACAUUUUCUUGACAAAGAAAGAUGAAAUUGCUGACAAGAACAAGCACGGAGCUGUUGAAGUAUUCGAUGAUUCCGUCGAUGUCAUCAAUGGUUUCUGGGGACCAAUCAGAGUUCAACCACAAACAAAGACAACAUUCGACAUAAUUGACGAAGAAGAAAAAACUAAAGAAGAAAAAGUGAAAAUUAAUCGUCAGAAACAAAGAUCUCGAUCAGCCGCACCAACAUCUCUUGGAUUCACACCAAAGAAGACAACAACAUACCAGCCACCAGAAUAUGUUCCACCAAACGAAGACAAGAAAGAAAUCAAACAAAAGAAAUCAUCAAUUCGAGAAAUGCCAGAUAUUUCACCUGAAGAACUUGAUGAAAUCAUGAGCGUCGAAAUUCCAGAGCGAAAAGAUUACAAGAUAGAAAGAUAUGAUUCAUGGGAAGCUGCAGAAAACAACAUCUUUAAUGAAGAAGAUGACAUUUCAAUUAUUGGAAGAAAAUACACUCCAAUUGAAAUCAAACUAAAUCCUGCAAGAUCCAGAUCAUUGUCUAAAUCAGAUACAAACGAAAUGAAGUUCACUGCUCCUAUCCUCGGAAAAUUCGUCACAACAACAUUCAACGAGAUCAUGACUGAAGAACAGAAGAUUAAUUCAUUUAACCACUCUAAAUACACACAAAGAUCCAAAUCUGUCAUGCCAACAAGAAGAAGAAAGAGAGAUCCAACAGAACCAAUACCUGAAGUUGAAUUUAGUCCUUCUCAUAAAUCAUUCAUCGAAGCCCCAACUUAUGAAUCUGACCAAGAACAGCCACCUGAACCGAAACCAAAAGAAAUCAAAGAUAAAUUCCUUGAAGAAGAACAACAACCUGAACCACAAAUCACUUGGAAAGUUGAUAGUUGGGAUGAUUUCAAGUCAGAUCAGUUCAAUGAAGAUGAAGACUUGAUAUUAAUGCCAACAUUCUAUCAUCCUAAACCUGAUGCACCAAAAUUCCAAGUAGCUAAACGUGAAAGAAAGACACAAUCAAAAUCGAAAUCAGAAAAACCGCCAAGAAAAUUGAAAUCCGAUGCAAUUGAAAAAGCCGAUCAAGUUUUGAGAGACCAUCAAAAUGUAAUUAAAUUAGCUGAAAAACAACAACAACAAACACAAACACAAACAAAGACUAAACCAACUGAAAGUGAUAUUAGAGUCUAUGAUGAAUCAGCUAAAUCAUUAGGCCAAGAUUGGGGAGAAAAACCAAAACAAACAACAACGAUGAAUUUCGAUUCACUUGUUGCAGAAGAAAACGAAAAAGAAAAGAUCAAAGAUGCAGCAAUCAAAGUAGAUUUCGAACCACAUACAUUUGUUCCUAAAUAUGAACCACCAACAUACGACGAAACUGCACCAGUUCUUCCACCAGAAGAAAAAAGCGAAGAAGAGAAAACAAUUGAAAUCAAAUAUGAAGAAGAUUCUGCAGAAUUUGAUCCAAUGGGUGUCAAAGCCAAAGUUAGAGAAUAUCAUGAUGAUAUCGAUAAUUGGAAAGCAACUGAUGAUAUCUUAGAAGAUGUUAUGAUUGGAAGACAAUAUACUCCUCGUAAAAACGAUGAAUACAUCCAACAAUUCUGGGAUGAAACUAAACGUGCAAAAGUUCAAUCACAACGUGCAAAAAGUGAAUUACCAAGAGCGAACAAGAGAGAUAAAAGUAAAGACAAAGAUAAAUUAGUUCAUGUAGCUGAUCCAAAUAUUGAACUUAAAUGGCAUGUUGAUCCAACGAAAGUUGUCAAUAACAUGGACACUGAUUUCUCGAAGAUCAUGGAAUCAGAACAAAUCAAAGCAGAAAACGAAGAGAAAUCAGAAAAGGCGAAAAUGGUCAUCGAUUUGGAUGAAGAACAAGCAUCAGAAAAAGUGACAAAGAUGAUUUAUCGUCGCAAAGAAAAGAAAGAAAAAUAUGUACCUCUCAACGACGAAGAGAUCAAAGAGUUCGAAGAAGCAAUUAAGCCAAUCAACGAACGAGCCACAGUAUCAAGAAUUUCCGCACAAAGGAAAUCAAGACCAGUUUUGGAGCCAUUCACAGAAUCAAUUGAAUUCACUCCAGAACCAAUUGAUCCUGUUACAAGUACAGCGCCUGAUUAUCCAUAUUUGGCGGAAGACGAAGAGAACUACAAGAAGGAGAAGAUAGAAGAAGACAAGAAGCAAAUGGACGAGAAACUCGGAAAACUCGAAGCAGAACACAAGAAAGAAGAAAUGAAGAAAGAAUUCUUGAAGUCGAAAUUCUUCGAAGAAUUCAAUGAAUGGGAAAAUGCCAGCAAAUUAAUAUUCGUUGAAGAUCCACCUCCUGGUUUAGUAAUGCAACAAUUUGUCUCUAAGUUCGAAGAAUACAAACCAAUCAAUGUUUCCAAGAAACAACAACCAGAUCAGCCAUCUCCAAACAGAAGACAAAUUAGAGGUCCUGUUAAACGUGGAAAAGUUCAAGUCGAAGAACCAGAAAUCGAAUUAUCUUUCUAUGAUGCUCCUGAAGAGAAAGAAGAACCGAAAUCAGUUGUCAUCAAAACUCCUGUUCUCAAGAUUGGCGGAAAGAAUGGUCCAUUGCAAUUACCUGCGAAAUUCCUUCCUCCUGCCGUAAAAAUAGGAAGAAAGAAACAAGUUGAUCAACCAGCCAAAGAAAACGUUUCAGAGAAACAAACAAAUGUUUCUGCCGCUCACAGUGUUCUUGAUGGAAUUAUUAACCCAGUUCCUGAACCAGCUCAAGAACAAACAGAAGAACCAAUCAUCCCUGUAACUAAACUUGAUGAACCAAUAAUUGGCCCUAAAGUAAAUCUUUUCUCUCCUCAAAAAUUCGAAAGAACAGAUCUCAAACCAGUUGAAAAAUCUAAUUCAAUUGAAGAAUCAAAGCCUGUUAAAGAACUCACUGUUGUUAAGAAGAAUCCAACAAGAAAGGUUAAACAACAAGUUCAAGAACCAGUUCCAAUUGUUGUUAAAACAGAAGAGAAACCAAACAUCGAAAUACCACAAGAAAAACAAGUUGUUCCAAAGAAACCUGGUGUUAUUGGUGCUCCAACAAUUUCAUUCGAUGAGUUGAUGAAGAGAGAAGAAAAAGUUGCAAAAGGAGAAGAGAAAGAAGAAAACAUCGACAUUGGAUGGGUCCAACAACAACUUCCUAAAUCAAUUCCAACUGUUUCAGUCAGUAAAUGGGUCAAACCAAAGCGUGUACAACCACAAGAAGAAGAGAAACAAAGGAAACCAUCACCAAAGAAAUCACAAAAGAAGAAACAAAAGAACGAAGAAAACAAUCAACAGAAACUCAGAUUCAAACCAAUUAUGCCAUUGCCAAUCAAGAGGAAAGAACCAGUUACAGAUACAUCUACUUAUACAAGACCUGUUCCAAUGGUUGAACCAAAGGCAACAACAACAUUCUUCCCAGCAACACUCAAGUACAUCAACGAAGAUGGAAAACUUGUUGUCGAAAACAUGUUCUCUGUUCCUCAACCUCCGAAGAAACCUUCUCUUUCUAUCCGCAGAACAAAAGCCGGAACAACAGAAGUCGAAACAACCGUUUUCACUCCCAAAGAAGAAGAGAAGAAGGAGGUUGAACAAGAAAUCAAACAACCAGAAAAUGUUGAACAAGUUGAAGAAGAAAAGAAUGAAGUUCCAACAGUUGAGUUGCCGGAGAAGGAAAAACUUUCUGUUGGAAAGAAACCAGAAGAGUUCGAUCUCAAGAAAUGGGCUAGAAAUGACGAACUCAUGCAUAAUGAGGGUGUUGAAGAGGAAGAAAUUCCUGAUGUUACAAAGAUUGUUCCAGAGAAACCAAAGGAAGAAGAGAAUAUUCCGAACUUCUGGCUCGAUGAAGUUUCUCCUGAAGAAGUUGCUCUCGUUGAGAAAGAGGAAGAAGAAAGAAAGAAACAACAGGAAAUGCAACAACCAAAGCCAGAAGAAAUCGAAACAUCUCUUCCAGAAGGAAUCAAACCAGUCGAACGUCCUCAGACAGAAGAACAAAUUCCAACAUUCGAAGAACUCGAAGGAAAGAAACCAGAAGAAGUUUCUACUCCAACAGAAGAAGCUGUUGAAGAGAAGAAACCAGAAGAAACUAAAGUCUCUGAAGAAGAGAAGAAGAUAGAAGAAACAAUUUCGGAAGUUAAGCCAGAAGAACAAAAACCAACAGAAGAAGAAACUGUUAAGGAAGAAAAGGUUGAAGAAACAAUUAAACCAGCAGAAGAAGAAAAGAAGGAAGAAGUUUCUGUUGCAGAGAAAGAAGAACCAACUAAAGUUGAAGAAGAGAAACCAAAGACAGAAGAAACUGUCAAACCAGAAGAAGAAAAACCAGUCGAAGAAAAGAAGGAAGAAAUCAAAGAAACUCCAAAGACAGAAGAAGUCAAAGAAGAACAGAAGCCAACAGAAGAAGAAAAAGAAGAAAAGAAGGAAGAAGCUGUCAAACCAGAAGAAUCCAAGAAAGAAGAGAAGAAGGAAGAACAAGGAAAGGAGGAAGAAGAAUACGAGUACGAGUAUGUUUACGAAGAAGAAGAUGUUCCAGAGAAAGAGGAAGAGAAAGGUCCUUCUCCAGAAGAACUCAUGGAAAACUUCAGAAAAGAAGCUUUCAAGAGAGCAGAGGAAAGAAAGAGGAUCGAAGCAGAAGAAGAAAAGAAGAGAGAAGAAGAACGUAAGAUCCGCAGAAUGCAGCAACUCGAAAAAGAAAGAGAAGAAGCAAUCAAACGCGAAGAAGAAAAGAAGAGACAGAAAGAACUCGAAGAAUUGCGUGAAUUUGAAAUGGCCAAUGAAGAAAGAACAAUAUCUGAAAAUGAAGCACUUGCAGCCGAAUUACAGAAAGGCCCAAUGACAGAAGAACGCAGCAGAAUGCUUGCAUUCCAGAGGGAAAGAAUGCGCAGAAAACAGUUCAAGGAAGAAGUCAUGGAAGAGGAAGCAGCAGACCGCAGAAAACAGAAGAAAAGACAGGAAGAAGAAGAAAGAAGAAGGGUAAGAGAAGAAAGAUUAAAGAUCAAAAGAAUGAUGGAACAACAAGAACGCGAACAAAUGAGAGCAUCAUUCAGCGCUGUAGACAGGAAAGUCAAUGCUCUUUUCAAUUCAAAAGCUCGUGUUCUUGAAGCAGAAGAGAAACUCAAGCAACAGAAGGAAGAAAAACUUACACAACAAAGAGCAGAAAGAGAUGCACAAAUCAAGCAAAGACAAGCAAUUCUCCAAGCUGAACUCGAAAGAAGAAGAUUGGCAGAUUUCGAAAGAUUCACUCCGAAGAACAAGAAGAAACAGAUGAUGGAGCAAUUGGCAAAGGCUGCGGAAGAGCAGCGUCUCAGAGAAAUCCAGGAAGAAGAGGAAAGAAGAAGGAAGGAGGAAGAAGAAAUCAGGAGAUCAAAGAUGACGGAAGAAGAAAAGAGGAAAGAAAAGGAACUCGAAGAACAAAAGAAGAGAGAAGAAAAGAAACUUAGAGAAGAACAGAGGAGGAGACAAUACGAAGAAGAACAGAAGAGAUUGCAAGAAGAACAAAGGCGUAAACAAGAGGCAAUCUUAGAAGAAAAGAGAAAGGCUGCUGAAGAAAUGAGAAGAAAAUUCGAGGAAAAGAUGAAAGAAAAAGAAGAAGAACAAAGACGUGCAGAAGAAAUGCGGAAGAAAGCAGAAGAAGUCAUGGAAAAGAUCAUCGAAAACCAAGACAAGCAAGAAGCUGUCAUCAUCGAUGCUCAUGAAGAAGAAAUCCGCCGUCUCCAGGAACUCGCUGACAAGAAGUUAGAAGCAAAGAUGAGAAAGAGACAAAGAAGACAAGCCAAAUACGGAAAGAGACGUAAUGAAGAUGAUACAUUGUUCGAAUCAACAUCAUCUUCAGAUGAAGAAGAAGAACAAGCAGAAGAAGAGAAGCAUGAAACAACAGAGGAACAAAAGAAGAAAGAAAACGAAGAAAUUCCAACAUGGAAUACUGAAAAUGAAGAGAAGAAGGACUUGAAGAUUAUCCCUGCCAAGUAUACAGAAAAGAAAGCUCGAAAUGUUAUUGAUAUCAUUGAUCCAACAAGUCAAUGGACAUAUGACGAUCUCACAGAACAAGAAACAAAGAAUUCACAACAGAGUUUCUUCUCGAGAUUAUUACUCGAAGAAGAAUCUUUGCUCAAGGCGAAGCAGAAACAAAAAUCCAAUGAACCAAAGGACGAAAUGGCCGCAAAAAUGGGUGAUUUCGACGAAAUCGAAACAGGAACAUUCACAUGGCAAUCAGCGAAGAAAGAUCCAACAAGAGACGAGUUGAGAAACGUCUUCCAGAGAAUUUCGGCAAAGAACACAAGAAAGAAAUCUCCUCAGAAGAAGGGAGUAGGUUACAUGCAAAGAUUGUCUCAAUCAGAGUCAAGACAAAUUUUGUCGAAACCAAACAAAGACAAAGUUUUGGUUCUCUCGGCUUUGUUGAGAGCAAAUGUCGCUGAUAUCAACUGGGAUGAGUUCGUUGAGAGCAUUUACGGAAGGUCCAGAGAAGAUAUUGUUUAUGCAUUGAUGUCUGUUACAUCAAAGGCUAAUGCUGAAUCAAUUACAGCAAAGUUCAUUGAAAAGUUCAAAUGA